AUGCUCUUCCAUGUCCAUGUCCACGGCUGCGCUACGCGAGUUGGCGAGGUGCCCAAUGCAGUGCAGGGAUCACAGAUCAAACUUUCGGCAGUCGGGGAGAGCCCCACGCCAAGAACGCCAAGCCACACCAAGCAAGCCAGCCUUCCCGCCAGACAAUUCUUCGCUGUUACUCUCAGUUCUCCAGUCACGAGUCAAUGGCCAGCGAAGCCCGAUUCCGCUGCAAAGAAUGUGCGUGGGCGUAGAAAGUGCUCAAUCUCAAACACGCCACCAUCUUCACCCAAGUCCCGACAAUACUACAUACAAUGGGCAAGCUUCGGUAUCGGUCUUGGCACUUCCGGCACGCCGGUGCCCAGCUCAGUCACAAUCGGAACUUUCACCAGCAACUUCGCGCACUUCGGCACCUCCACCUCGCCAUCGACGAAUAUGCCAGCCUUGUCCAAAGUCUAUCCGACAACGAGCAUUUGCCUGACUGGUCUUCUUCUCUUGCAAUGCCAGGUUGAGGGGAGAUUAUGCUACAUUGAAUUGUCAACUUCCUGGGUGCCUUCUCGAAGCAUGAGCAUCCCAGCAUCCCAGUCCACUAUCACAGCAGCAACACUGGAUUUCGCCAUUGCCAACAUGAUGCUUCCCGAGGAGUUGCUGAUCCAUGUUUUCGGCCACUUGGACCAGCGAGACGAUCACCACAGCCUUUUGAAUCUUCGUCUGGUCAGCAAGACGUUCCGUCGACUGGUCGAUCCGUUGAUCUCGAUUGUGCUCGAUGGCGCCCCGGAAACCAAAUCAGAUGUCCACCUCAGCGGCUAUCCCAAUCGACUGGUGGCCAUGAGAGAUCCUCAGGUCCGCGAGAAAUUACGACCCAAAUUUCUGCAACUUAAGAGAUGGGCGGAAAAAGUCUCCCAGCAACCAUGUCUGGCUCGGGUGUUCGUGAAAGAGGCCAAAUUUGGCCACAUGCAUCCGCGACGCGAGCCUGACGCCUACACGCCUGGAUCCGUCAUGCCCAUGUACGAGCAGCUCUCAACACCGAUCGAUAUGUGCGCCUGUCUUCGCCAGCAGGUGUUAUCACGAUUGGCAGAACAUCACGAGAAAGGCCAUGUUGCCAUCAUUCUUUCGCUGUGCCACUCACUGGAGAUCCUAGACUUUGCCUUUGGCUUUGAAGCAAGUGGCAGGUUGCUGACACGCUACUUUCAGUUCAUCGCUGAACGACAUUUGGGCUACUAUGCUGGACGAAGCCCAGCCUUCCCCGUGAUGGGUUCCAUCAAGAUUGUCAGAAUUGGUGUCUCGACAUGUAACUACUGUACAGGGCUUUCGGAUGCGCUCACAAUGCUCACCCUGCCGCGAUUGGAGGAGUUGACUAUACGUGGGCUUGCCGAUAAUCGAAGCCACAGUAAUCACGAUCUACCUCUCCUAGAUGGCCUCAUUCGCAAUCGCAAUCGCAAUCUUGUCUUGCACUUUGACUCGUGUAUGCUAAGUGGGGAAGGCCUGGCGCACAUUCUUGCUGCAUGCACGUCCAUCUGCUCCCUAACCGCCAGGUGGCGCGGCGGUCUUUGGACAGAACAUCUUCGAAAUCCCCCAAUCGGAGACGCCAUCAGGGCACAUGGAUGGAAGAUUCGACGCCUUCAUCUCGACACCACGCCAUGCUGGAUUGGUGUCGGCAGAAAUCACACCCCAGAGGAACCAUUUGGAAGCUUUGCGGAUAUUCAGUCGAAGAUGCUGGCAUUGCCCCGAAGCACCUUUGCUAUAGAUGAUCUUUGGCUCCCUUCGCAUAUCGUCAGAGGGACAUACGUCGCCGGUCAGCUGCCUCCAAGUCUUGAAGAGCUAUAUGUGCUUGGGGCAGACGACGCAGCCGGGUUCGAUGCUCUGCUCAACCAUCCAGACCUUCCAGUGCCCGUCAAGGAUGGAGAGGCUUUGGAGACACUACUUGCAUCAAUUAUUGGAAGGCGACGGGAUUGGAUAUUGACACUGAUCGUGAUUGAAGACAAGAUUCCAACUCGACUUGCUUGGCAUUGCUUCCAACUGCCGCACACCUGCAUCGCAUCCCACGUUUCUGUACCCUAG